AUGAGCUCAGCUUUACUUGGUCAUUCACAAGAACUUGUUAACUCCAAAAACACACAAGUAAAAACCGGCUCACCACUUAGUAUAGUCCUCACUGCACCCCAAGAUUCUGAAGAAACAUCAUCGCCAACCAAAACCCACCACAAAUCAAAGCCUUCUCUCAAAAUUCAAUGUGCAGAUUUAUUUUUGUCGAUACCAACUAUAGAAUAUCAUCCUCCUACUGAAACUUGUGCUUCGCCGGCUCCACAGCAAACGGGGUUCAGUAAAUAUCUGUCAAAUCAUGGUGGUAUUACAAAAUCUUCGGAAACUACACAAUCUGCAGAUAACUCUCUAAGAACAUUAUUGUUUCGAAAAAAACUCAUGGACGAUGGACACGGGCAAGAUGAAUUUCUUUUCUCACCUAUUUAUAAUCACAUCACAACUCGCACUUUUUUAAACUAUGAGGAUGAAGAUAUUUAUAGUCCUGAAAUUUCAACUCCAGCUCCGAUACUUUCCAAUUUUAAUCAUCGAACAUCGCAGGAUUCCGGUGUCGAUGUGAAUUUCUCUGGAAAUCCAUCCUCGUGCUAUAUGCCGCCAAUCCUUUCUUCUUAUAAUGAUUAUAUUGGUGGUGCUA